CCUCCUCACAUUUCUAGUGGGGGUAAGUGUGUCCUGGGCUGCGAGAGUCGGCGUUGUUGUCUGCAGAUAACAAGGAAGGGACAAAUUACUUGAGUGUCAUUAGCGCGGUCUCCUGGAUCAAGCCGUUAAGCAUGCAGGAUCAGGGCUGUUGGUAAACGGAAUAACUCGACCGUGACGAAUGCUGGUUCCUGCUCGUCUGCUUGUGUACUUACUUCUGCCAUAGCUGGCAGACGAUAUAUCGCCGUCAACAGGGUUGGAUACAUGUGCUUACGUUGGUCAUCAAUUCUGUUUCUUAAUUUAUUAUUUCCAGAGUAAAAUCCGUGCUUACAAUCCCUAAAGGAGAUACUACGUGUACUAGUUCCUAUAGAUGUGAGAGCAGCAGUACUCACUCGAGUGACAGAAGUGCUACAGUACUCACUGAAGUGAUAGAGGAAGUGCUACAGUACUCACUAAAGGAACAGAGGAAGUGCAACUGAACUUGUUGAAGUAGCACUCACAUCCCGAUAACUUGCACCAAACCAGAUCCACUGUAUUGGCUGCCAAAAUGACGCAGUUAACUAUAUUGUACCGACAACAAAAAUGGUUGCUAGAUGUUUCAGUGGUCAUUCUGCUGGUGAUAGUGAGAUUUACAGCAGGAGAAUCACCAACUACUGACACAUCGUCCACAACCCCAACAGCGACAUCUACGGUUACAACAAUUGCAACAACAUCUGGAACACCGACAUCAACACCAACCGCAGAAAUAACAACAACAUCAACAGCAUCUACAACACCAACAACACUAAAAACAGAAGCAACGACAGUACCUGCAACAUCAACAGCAGCACCAACAACAACAUCUACACCACCAACAACAGAAUCAACAACAGUACCUGUAGCAUCAACAGCAGCACCAACAACAUCUACAACAAUGCCAACAGAAUCAUCAACAUCUACACCACCAACGACGGAAUCACCAACAUCAACAGCAGCACCAACGACAGUACCUGCAACAUCAACAUCAACAGCAGCACCAACAACAACUUCUACACCACCACCAACAGAAUCAGCAACAGUACCUGUAACAACAGCAGCACCAACUACAGCACCUGUAACAUCAACAGCAGCACCAACAGAAUCAACGUCAGUAUCUUCAACAUCAACAGCAGAAUCAACACCAACAUCUAAACUAACAAACCCAGGAUCAGUGACAACAUUAUUUUCAAAUGUAUCGGAUACUUCAAUUUCUACUUCCAAUACAAUAACAAACAAUACAACACCGGUAGCCAACAGUAGUCAGUCAACCUCAGGCAUUACAACACCGGUAGCCAACAGUAGUCAGUCAACCUCAGACAUUACAACAUCGGAAGUCAACACACCUCCCACAACCUCAGACAUUACAACAUCGGAAGUCAACACACCUCCCACAACCUCAGACAUAACAAAAUCGGUAGCCAACACAACUCCCACACCCUCAGACACCACACCACCAGAACGCAGCACACCUCAGAGCACACUCGACGUCAGCACACAUCUCUACACGCCAGAAACCGACGCCCCAACGUCCCCACUUCUCAAAACGACCUCUGAGGCCUCAAGCUCACCACCCCCCUCAGCAUCUUAUGAGUCCAUGUAUGCCUUAAGGAAUAAAAUCAACGACCUUGAGGGCGAGGUGAAAUCUUUGACCAUAGCACUGGGAGUCAUCGCAGCUGUUCUGGGACUUUUCGUGCUCGUUCUGGUCUCGUACCUGCUCUUUAAGUUUUGCAGACGUGAAGACCCUCAGCCUGUUGAUGUAGACAACUUUGGGAAAGAUACUUCAAGAAAGACGAAGAACUACUUCCGGCCCCAAAGCUCCUACGACAUAGUGGAGCGUUCGGAAAAGAACAGCCGCAACAGUAACGUCUACUCAAGGACCAGCGAGGGCUUUGAGGGGGACGAGCUCAAGACGUUCAACAAUCGGCCGGAAUCGGCAGGCAGCAACAACAAUCACAAGCUGGACAACGGGACCCCGCCCAGUGUGGGGGUGACGGACGACAGUGUGGGGGUGACAGACGACAGUGGGGUGGACAGCAAGCCAGAUUUUGUGGAGAUAGAGCUGCCGUAGGGGGGGAG